AUGACUCUCAAAUCGCUGCUGCUGGCGUACCUCGUCGGCGGUCUGACCUUCAUCCCCCUGCUCGCCCUUGCACUUGGCGCCUUCGCAUACGUUGCAUUCACCCAACCCGUUGCUCCCGUAUCGACUGCCACCAAUACCGAAAAUGUACAAUCGACUGCCACUGCGAAGACGAUAGAUGAACUCGGCGAGAAGAGCAAGGAACAAGACAGUGAACUCGACACGGCCGCCGCCUACUUCGCCGUCUGCAGAGAGUAUGUCCCUGGCGGCAUCAAUGGCAAGCCUCCAGAGCGAUCCACUCCGGCUGGCGAGGUCCUCAUAGCAGAGAGUCCGAGUGUCUACCAGAGCAUGUACAGAAGCAUCUUUGAGCGAGGCAAGACAUCGAUUCCAACUAUCGAGGGUGACAAGCGCGACGGCAAGGCCGUCAAGAAGGCCCGCAAUGUCUUCUACGUUGUCUUGAGACACGGCCACCUCAUGCUGUACGACGACUCCGAGCAGGUCGAAGUGCGACACGUCAUCUCUCUUGCCUACCACGACAUCGAUGUAUAUGCUGGAGGAGAGCCCGUACCCGAGGGUGAUCUGUGGAUCAAGCGCAACUGCAUCCGCCUAACCAGAAAACCCUUGGUCGGCGAGACUGCUCCUUCGUCAAAGCCCUUCCAUUUCUUCUCCGACAACUGCUCCGAGAAGGAGGACUUCUAUCAUGCCUUGCUACACACACAGUCAAACAUCAUCAAUACUGACCCACCUCCGCUUCCUCAGAAAUUCGAAACUCCAGACAUUAUCAAACUCGUACAGAACCUACACUCAUCUGACGCUGACGCUCAUUCGCGCUGGAUCAACGGCAUUGUCGGCCGUGUCUUUCUCGCCAUGUACAAGACCAAGGACAUCGAGAACUUUAUUCGCGUCAAGAUCAACAAGAAGAUAUCUCGCGUACCCAAGCCAAACUUGAUCGCUUCCAUCGACAUUAUGGAUAUUUACAUGGGCGACAGCGCCCCUAUCAUCAGUAAUCCCAGGUUGAAAGAGCUUACGGUGAACGGUGAUAUGACAAUCGAGCUGGACGUGAAGUACAAUGGCGGCUUCAAAAUCGAGAUGGGAGCGGUUGCACGCAUCGAUCUUGGAACCCGCUUCAAGGCUCGUGAAGUCAGCUUGAUCAUGGCAGGCGAGCUCAAGAAACUCAGCGGUCAUCUUCUGAUUCGUGUCAAGCCUCCUCCAAGUAAUCGUAUCUGGAUGACCUUUGAGACCAUGCCUCAAAUCGAAAUGAGUAUCCAACCUAUCGUCAGCAGCAGACAGAUCACCUACGGCGUUAUCCUUCGUGCUAUUGAGAGCAGGAUCCGAGAAGUCAUUGGUGAGACCAUUGUUCUUCCCAACUGGGACGACAGCCCGUUCCUGGACACCACGAAGAAAGAGUACAGAGGUGGUAUAUUCGAGCCUUCGCCUUCAGAUGAAGAGCCUACCGGCAUGGAGAACGCUGUACACGCAGACGCUGGCUUGGUUGAAACUGCAGCACACGAACUCACCAACAGCGCUGGUGAUGCAGACUCUGACGAUACCGUCAUCCACACCCUCGCUGAGACUGGAGCGAAGACUCUGAGCAUGCCUAGCCUUCUAGAGCCAGUUCAGAAACUCAACUUCCGAAAGAAUGCAAGACGGUCAGCCACUUCUCUUCUAGGAGAGAGCAUUGAGAGUCCGUCAGCCGCAUCAACCAGUACGACCAACAUGUCGACACCACUUCAAACACCAUCCUCCCCACCACUUCGUCCGCGUACGCCACCUGGAAAGCCUCGGACUUUACGUCAAAACUCCUUCUCUGCCGCAGCGACGCCCUUGGUCAGCACAGAAGGCUCGAACAUUGAGGCAGUAAGGUCACAUACAAAGAAGAAGGGACAAAAGGAUGCGGUUGAGAUGGUAAAAGAAGUCAACUCAAAAGCACAGGCUACAUCUCCAAAGGUACUUCGCGAAACAGAGAAUGUCCUACCUAUCGACUCCGAAACAUUCUCAACCCUCGCGACGCCAGAAGAAGAGGGAGAAGAAGCUCCGACAGAUCCUUCCAUCUUACGGCGAAGUUCUGAGCCUCUAGAACAGCACACGACGAAACAAAGAACCGAGGCUCCUCAAGCACCUGCCACUGCGGACGCCUCGACGAUACCUGCAAGAUCACCAUCGGUGAGGUCUUUGGACACGUCCGUCCCUUCGGGGUCGAGUCCAUCUCAUCUCAGUACGGCUGCCAAUGCUGCAAAGAAAUGGGGCUGGCAAGUUCUGAACAGACAGAACGGGUCUUCGUCCUCGACGUCAGGAAACGCUUUUGGCUUGGCCAAGAGGUUCUCAGUAUCUUCGGCUAGUAGUGGAUCAUCAUCGGUGUCAUUGCCGUCGCAGCCACCUAACCCGAACGCCCUAAAGGCGGCAUUGUUGGCUCAACCAAUGGGCCGUGGAAUGCCCUUGCCACCACCUGGUACCCCUCUGCCUGGACCACAGAAAAGCCUUUGGGCGUCGUCUGGCUUGAACCUACCAAACCUCAAGCGCAAACCUGUAGGAGCACAACCGGCCGCUCAACAACAGAGCAAGGAAGUAGAGAAGCCUGAUCAUGUUGGCGAGCAGCAAGCUCGACAGCCUCCACCGUUGCCCGCGAGACCUAGACCCGCAAGCAGAGAGAUUCUUCAGCCAAAUGUGGUACCUGCUGGAUCGGAACGGCAAACAGGCGGAGACCCUGACGUACUUGUCGUUGCUGCGCCUGUGGAGGAUGAUAGUAUGCCCAACACACCGAUUGUUGAACGAGUAGACCACGGCAUGCCCGCAUACACAGAGCAACCUCAGACAGCUUCGCAUGUGGAAUACAUGUCAAAAGAGCCUCAUCCAGACACCGAGCAGACAUAUGUUGAGCAAGCACCAAUCAAAAAGAUGCAGCCUGAGCACGUAGCGGUGCAGGAACUCGCAAUGAAUCCACAGCACAUCCACCCUCAAACAACAGCUGAGCCCACGAAAACAAUCCUGCAGACAGCAACCCCUCAUGACGAAAGACACGAAACAGAAGACGGAGAAGUCAGCGACUCACUCGAGGCAGCCGACGUGGCAGGAGAAAUGCGUUGA